CAUUACUAAUACUUAUAUUUUGUUAUAACAAAUGUUUUCAUCGUGGUUUCUGGGUUGGGAGAGGUCGUCAAUGGUUUGAAAAGUAGUUCUGCUUGUUCUCUCUCUCCUGUAUACUCUCCAUAUCUCUCUCUCUCCCUUUCCCUCUUCACUUCCUGUAAUUCUUGUUGUCUUGCAUUGCAAUUUUAAUGCCCCUCCCGUGCCUGUCUGCUGUUGCCUUCUGCAUUUGUGUUUUUUCAGGUUUCCUGGUUUUUGACCACUAUGUUCCUUCUCUACGCACAAGUCUUGCCAAAUAGCCAUUAAUUAAUGGUAUGCAUACGGAAAUAUUUGCAAAUUUGGUGUCCUGUCAAUCAACGUUUCCCUUGACUGAGGAAUGACUGAGGUUUUAAAUAUUUACACCACCUUUAUACUGCCGUUUAGAAGCAAGUGGGGAGUUUUACACAACUGCCAUGAGUCUUUCUCCACACCAGAGAGGAACCAUAAACAGUAUUAGUAAGCAGAAUGUUGAAGCCAUUGGUGAAACAAUGCAGCAUUCAGGAGAUCUCUUCUACAACGUGGGAGCUCCUUCCUUGGAGCAAACUCACAGCAGUCCAGAGGGUUUGGUGGAUUCUAGUCCUGAAGUCCAGGGCGCUUUCAAAUCUGAUAAAGGAUAUCCGGUCCGAGGGCAUUUUCAGCAGUCGGGACCAGUGAAGUGGGUGCAUCAGGACCCAGUGCAGACCUCGACUUGGUUUCAGGGCCUCCCGAACAUGAAGUGGUCACAGAACUUUGGCCCUUCUCUUAGUGCUAUAGAUGACCCAAGGGCCUUUCACAAAAGUCAUGAGAUGGAGGCUAUGAAGUUGGAAAAGCUUUCGCCAGGUUCCUCGCAGUCCUACACAGACACAUCUCACGUUCCUGGGGCGGAUUGGGACCAUCACACGAUGGCAGUCAUGCAUCAUGCUCAAUUCCAGGCUCUCCAACAAGGUCACAUACCUGCAGACCUCCAAUAUCAGCCUCAGGGCAUGAAUCACGAUAUGACUGAUUCCACUCUGCAACCCUUCCAGUUGGCGUUUGGACCUACCAAGCAGCCGCAGGCAACUGGUUUCCAACAAGUCUUCCAAGGCAAUAAUGCAUCUUUAAAUAUGAAUUACAACGAGAAGCCGAAAUCACAACAGCAACUCUUGCAGUUGCAACAGCAACAGCUGCAUCGUCAACACCAGAUGCAACAGUUGCAGCAAAUGCGUCAGUUGCAGCAGCAGCAGCAGCAACAGAAUCAAAUCCAGCAGCAGCAACGGCUGCAUCAGAUGCAACAGCAGUACCACCAGCAGAAGAAAAGGCAGGAACAGAUGCAGCAGCAGCAACUGCAACUGCAGCAGCAUGGACAAGGUUUUCAACACCUAGAUUCUAUAGAAAAGCAGCGAGCCAAACAAGAGAUUGAGUCACAGGAUCUUCCCAGCGCUCAGGUGAAAAUCGAAUUGAGUCAGACCCAGCUCACUGUCCCUCAACCACAACAUCUUGUUCCUCAGGAAUCAAAUUACCAGGAAUCUGGCCCCGCAGAGCCCACUCCAGACCUCCAAGAAACCCAAACCAAACGACAGGUCCUCCCUCGCCGCUCUCGGCGACUCUCUAAAGAUGGCAUCUCUCCUCAAGGCGACCAGCCCUCCAAGGACAAGGUUUCUUCUCAGAAUGGAGGAGUUGGUGGAGUCCAAGGACCCACAGUGGGGGUCAUUCAAAGCACUCAGAGACGGCGGAGGGCCUCUAAGGAGAUCAACCUUGAGACUCUUGCUCAAAAGGCCUCAGAGAUGGAAUUUCUGCCAGCCAAGUGUGAGGACAUUACCCCUGGUAGACCAGCUGGUAUGGCCCCUCUAGUCAUCCCAGUCUCGGUCCCAGUUCGAAGAUGUCAAACCAAAAUGGAAGUGCAGGGCAGCUGGGCACAGACGGAUAAUGUUCGGAAUCCCUCAGAGGUUUCACAUCAACAGAACCAGCCUGAUCGCAAACCCUCUGUUAUUGUAGCACGCCGGCACUCAUUAAAGAACUCCGCAUCCGAGAGCUUCUUCCAGGGUACCGGGCAAGAGGACAAAUCCAGGCGCCGCCCACGACCUGAGCCUCUGGUCAUACCUCAGCCAUGCACUUUCAUCGCCCCUUCUGUCUACUCCAGCAUCACCCCCUACCAGAGCAAUCUGCGUUCCCCAGUGCGCCUGCCAGACCAUGCCAGCAUCAUCCCGCCGUACACCCCUCCGCCCAUUCUUUCACCUGUGCGUGAAGGCUCUGGGCUGUACUCUGUUCUGUUCCUCUCUUCUAUGUCAGCAGGCAGCCAGAUCCUGCCACCCCCAUCCACACCCCGAAGCAACACACGAAGCUUGCUGCGCACAAGCAGUUCUGAUAUCAGUCCUCCUGCACUCCCACUGUUUGGAGAAGCAACGCCUGUCAGCCUAGAACCGCGCAUAAACAUCGGCUCUCAGUAUCAGGCAGAGAUUCCAGAACUAUGGGAUCAGACUUUGGCCCUAAAGGACCAGCAUAAAGCAACUUUGGUCUGGCUCCCUAAUUCAGAGGCUGAUUCUACGGCCUCCCAGGAUACAAGAUUUGAUGACCUUAUGAACCUGGUCUGCUCCAGUGUCAUGUGUGGAGGAGGAACCAACCCAGAGCUAGCAAUGCACUGCCUGCACGAGUGCAAAGGCGAUGUCAUGCAAGCUCUGGAAAUGAUGAUGAUGAAGAAUCCCAUCUUCUCCAGGAACCACCAUCUGGCAAACUACCACUAUGCAGGAUCAGAUUGCUGGACUGUGGAUGAAAAACGAUUCUUCAACAAGGGAAUUUCUGCUUACAGGAAAGAUUUCUUCUUAGUGCAAAAACUAGUGAGGACUAAAACAGUGGCACAGUGUGUGGAGUUCUACUACACUUAUAAGAAACAAGCAAAGGUUGGUCGUAAUGGGACUUUUACAUAUGGACCUUCAGACCCAGAGGAAAGCCUCCCUGUGAUGAAUGUGAAAGAGGAAGAAAAUGAUAGUAAACACCAGGAGGGAACACAAGAUCAUGUGGAUGAGCGUCUUCAAGAUGUGACCAAGACACUUCAGGACAAUGAGAAUAAGAGGGCAGACGUGGCUCAUGAGGACCAAAAGAAUGGCUCUGCAAAAGAGUCUUCUGGCCUGAUGCCAGCAACUCAACCCUCCUUCAAAACUCCUUCGCCUGCACCUCCGAAGCCUCGCUCCGACAAUACCGGGAAGAAAAACAGGGCUUCAACUGUCAACAAAAGUCAGGGAGAGCCAGAGGGCAUUUUCCCUUGCAAGAAGUGCAGUAGGGUGUUCUAUAAAGUGAAGAGCAGGAGUGCUCACAUGAAGAGUCACUCCGAGCAGGAGAAGAAGGCAGCAGCACUGCGCCAAAGAGAAGAGGAAGAGCGAGUGGCUAAGGCAAAGCAGGAGAUGCUAGAGGCAGCAAAGAGGAAGGAGGCACAAGAAGGAAAGAAAGAAGAGAGUAGUGGAGCUGAGGACAGCUCAGCAGAGCCAGAUGAUGAGCUGGAUGAGGACUGGCAUUGAGGAACUAGAUGACUCCUUUAGUAGUCUUCUGUAGUACCAGUUGGUACCAAAAAUGGGGCAGUUGGGAUUUUUGAAAUGAUAACAGUGGAUGAUAUGCCUUUUGUCUUUUUAUUUUUACCAAAAUUUUAUAAGAACUUUCCUUUGGUAUAUAUUUUUAAAAAAUCCAGAUGUCUGGCAAUUUUGCAUCAUUCACGAUGAAUGAGCUUGAUAUGAAAUCGAAUGAAUAUGAGCGUUAAACUUUUCUAGAUAGUACCCGAACAAGUUUUGUAUGCAUUCAGUGAGAUUGUAUUUUUUUAUGUGUUUAUGUAAUAUACAUAUGUAAUCAAGAACACAGACUAAAAUCCCCUUCCUUCUACCUUCUAUAUUUUCAAUUAAAUAUUUCUUGUGCAUGAAAUGUAUAUAAUGCAUAAAGAAUCUCUUUGUAUUAUAUUGUGUACAAUAUUGAUCCUGUUGUGUGUUUUUUCCAGGACUCUAAACUUAAAAGAAUGUGUAUUUUUAUGUUUUCGAUGCACUUAAAGGGGAGUGGAGUAUUGGGAUUAAGGGAUUUUUUAAAAUAAAACUCACAUGUAAAUGCAAA